UGGCCACCAUGGGAAACACAUUGUCCAUGCAAAGAGAACCCGAAGAUCAAGAUACUAUUCAUAUAACAGCGUACUCACAGGUUUCAUCUGAACCUCCUGAGAACCUUAAGAAUGGGCCUGCUACAAUCCAGCCUGUACAGACUGUUCCUUCUGCAAACGGAGAUGCAGUGGAUGCAAGAGUGAGUGUUGUCCAGAAUAAUGCGGCUGUUUCUUCCCAGAAGACAAUGGAGCUAAGCUCCAUCUCUGAGGCCAAUGAAAAUAAUCUUGGGAAGGCAGCCAAGACAGCCCCGCCAGCUGCCAAAUCUCGAUUUGUCUUUGCGUUUUCACGGCCUGUACCAGGACGUACUGAAGAGCAGGCAACAAAUUCAUCGGCUGGAUCGGCUCAGCUUGAUGUCAGCUCAGAAGCACCCCAAGCGAACAAAGCCUUGAGUGAGAAUGCGGACCUUCCUGCUGCAGCUGUGACAGAGGAAGCUUCAGAUAAAAACCUAAGCAAAGCAUCUCUCAGUGAAAUUGAACUCACGGCACCAGGCAAGGCAGAGGAGGAGGAUGCUUUGCCGAAGCCCAAAGAGUUAACCUUUUUUGACAGGCUCUUCAAAGUGGAAAAGGGGAAAGCCAAGAACAAAACACAAGAGCAAAGCCAAGAGGAGGUGAAGGCAGAAAAUCCACGUGGCGCCAUCACAGUAGAAGACCCUGCAGGAUUACAAAGCACAUCAGAGAAUGUCUUGCAGGAAAAGGACGUAACAGAUGAGCACAACCAAAACACUCUGCAGCUGGACUCAGCAGGUGACAGUUGCUUGGCAGCUGAGGAUCUUGCCCAAGGAGAGGUAAAACCAGAGAACGUUAAGACAGCAGCUGGGGCUGACGAUAACAACUCUGUCAUCAUGAGUUUCUUUAAAACCCUGGUAUCUCCAAGCAAAACAGAUUCCAAGGGUGACUCUGAGGAUAAGGUGAAGAAAGGUGCCCAACAAACAGAAAAUACCAAAAGUAUUGAGCAACCUGUAAUCACUACUACUGUAAAAUCAGAAGCAAUUGUUGCUCCGUCACAAGAGAGCCCAGCAAUAAAGCAGAACACAAAAGCCCCUGAACCUCCCGUACAACAGCCAGCAACAGCAUCAGUGGUUGUCACCAAUGAAAGUCCAAAAGACAUAGUAACAAAGGAGAUAUAUUCUUCCACUCCUACACCGCUAAGUAAAUUAUUUUGGAAAAAGACUCCAACAGAUGACAUCGAGGUGAUAACCACUGAGAGGAUUGAAGCAUCUCCCGAGGUCCCAGCUAAAGACGAAAGCAGGCGCCAGGAAGUUGCAGAAAUCAAGACCAAAGGAGAUGAGAAGCCCAGCAAAACAAACCUGAGGAAAUUCUUUAAAUUGUCAGUCAGAAGAGAUGCAGGGGUAACUCCUUCAGAAGAGGUAAAUGGGCAAGGACCUGAUCCCCAAACACUGGACUUCAAAGACAGGCCCUUGACCCAGGCUGAGAACAGAGAACCUGUGGGUGAGAAGAGUCAAGAGAGCUCAACAGAGAAGCUGAACAAGCAGCAAGAAAACCAACAGGAAGCCAGAGACCAGCAAGACUCCAGAGAGCAAGAAACAGCUGAGACGGACUCCCUUCAGAAUGGAGGAGAAGUCACAAAGGCAAACACCCCCAAGAGAGCAGAGAAGAAACAGUCGUUUGGAGGGUUUUUUAAGGGCCUUAGCCCCAAACGGAUGUCUGAUGCUGAAGUGCAAACAGAUCCAGUAUCAAUUGUGUCUGUCGUGAAACCCAAGUAAUGAAAACUCUGAACUGACUGAAGAAUCAUUGGAUCCCCGUCAUCCCCCACACAUACCAUUAAGUUAAAAAAAGAGUUGACUUUUGUUAAUUUCUCUUCCCUUCUGCUCCUUGCUUUCACGGCGUUUGCCAAACAAGUGCUGUGCCAGGCUCAAGCAAAAACUCUGUUUAAAAAAUAAAACCUGUUCAUGGUUAUAAGUAGCAAAGUCACAGAAACAUCAACUUUUAAGAGUAUGCUUCAAAUUGAUUUUCAAGUUAUUAAUAUUAUAGGAAAGGCUGAAAUGUACAGGACUUCUAACUCAUUCUCAUCUAUUUUCUUCGAUGUAAUAAAAUGGGGGAAAUUAGCUUUUGGAAAUAAAGUAAUUAAGGUAUUAACAAAGAUGCAACACAAGGGGGCAGACCUGGAGCUCUUUAUAUUACUAACUCAAAAGAUGUAUUUACUUUUGUGAUAUUAAUUUUUUUUCUUAUCAUUAAAGGAAGAAAAUCACUUCAGUUUUUACAGACACUUUUUUCGUUUAUAUAUUUCGUUUAUGCCUGUAACUAAACUUAAUUUCUUUUUAAAAAAAACACCACCACCAGAUCAUAGGACUCAACACAAUUUUGCCUGCUUUAUGAAGAUCCUGUGAGAUGCAAAUUUAAUUGUGUUUAUGGAAAAAUCGGAUAUAUCUAAAAGUGAGGAAAAAUAAGACUAAUGUUAUCAACUGGCAUUUGAAUUCUAGAUAGUUGUAUAUUUUGAUUUCCUUCUGAUUCAAUAAA